AAGAUACACGAGCGGAGUGUAAUUGAAACUUGAGAUUCCAUGGUGCGACUCGAUGGAACUAUGGGUUCAGCUCUGGUGGACGCAAUGCUCGACCAACCUCAGAAACGCGCACGCGUGCUGUUAGUUGGCCAGAUCUACCUUGACACUAUCCUUACCGUCGACCAUUUCCCCGAUGAAGACAGUAAGCUGCGGGCCAGUCGAAUGGAACAACGUCGCGGAGGCAACUGUAUGAAUGCAGCAGAAGUGCUUUCGCAGUCCCAUUCCAUCGAUACAUGGUGCAUGUCGGCCAUUGGUUCAAAGGAAACCACGAGUUCCUUGGUUGAACAAUUAGCAGCCAAAGGCAUUAAUACUUCUACUUGUCUUCACCGCGAUACCGUGACGCCCUCGUCGUACAUUCUCCAUAGCUUGGAAACGGGAUCGCGCACCAUCAUCUCAUGUACUUCUAUAAACGAUAUCACAGAGAACGAAUUUGCUCAAGCCCUGGAUGACGUAUCAAAAGUUCAGUCGCGACAGCCGAUAUUCGAUUGGGUGCAUUUUGAGGGUCGCAAUAUUGUUCAAGUAGUGAAGCAGAUUGACUGGCUAGAAACAAAGGCAACAAACGAAGGGUGGCGAGAUCGAUUAACUAUAUCUGUGGAAUUGGAAAAACCUGAUCGGGAACAUAUUGAUCAGUUGAUGCCAAAGGGGGAUGUUGUUUUCUUUUCCAAGCUUUUCGCUGAACGUAGAGGAUAUGAAGAUGGGAUUCAAUUUUUGAACGAUAUGCGAUCGCAUUGCAAACCGCAUGCCCGCUUGUUUUGUGCAUGGGGUGCGCAAGGUGCUGUGGGUCUUGAUGAUAACGAUACCGGCCACCGAGUACCAGCUCCAAAAAUCGAUCGUAUCAUUGACCCUGUGGGUGCAGGAGACACAUUCAUUGCCGGCAUGAUCUUUGCUCUCCAUCAGGGACGUGAGAUCUCGAGCGCAAUGCAAGUUGCUUGCAAACUGGCGAGCUGUAAAGUGAGUCAAGCCGGAUUUGAAGGCCUCAUACAAGCUGUACAGCAGAUACCUUGAGAUUCGCAAAUUAAAAAAGGCAAAGCAUAAAAACCGCAUUUGAUUUGUCAAAUUUGUCAGCAUCAAAAUGUAUUAUAUUGGCCAUAUCAUCUGUCAAUGCGCUGAAUUGUCAUAUGAUGGAGAGUGAGCCCUUGGCAAUUUUCUUUGACGACUGAGCUGUUCAUCCGGAAAAAGGUUAUGCAUGAUUUUCCAGAAUACUAUUUAUUACAGCGAAACUUAUCUCACCAUA